AUGGAAUGUCCGUGGGAUCGCAGGUCAAGAGGAUGCGCUGGUUUUUCCUGUGCCAUAAUUGCCCUGUGCGUCCGGGGAGACUGUCGAGAGAUUGGGAGGGGUAGUUAUGGUCCCACCAGCUAUAAGUUAUCAUUCUCCUUCCUCCCAAUCUCAAUGGGUGAUUGUUUACACGUCCUUGUUGAUGAGAAGAAAGCAGCGUGGCUCCAUAACGAAACAACCACAAACAAAUAUCAAGAGGAAAAUUCAAUGUCGAAUAAGAAUUCCAAAGACCCCUCAUCCAACACACCCACAGUUGCACCGAUCGGCAAGGACGAUGAUAUAUGGAACGAUGAUGAUGACGAGUAUUGGCAAGAGAUGGAGGUCGUGAAAGAAGGAAGCAAAAA